GAGGGAGAAGGGGGAGGUUAGAUCAGUGACAUCGGCAUUAGCAGGAGUCUGAUGACAGGAGCAGGCAGUCUUAUGAGUGCAGCAGAGAGAGUGAGAGGCAGUCAGUAUUGAGGGGGAGUCCGCUGAUUUACAGUCAUUUAGAGCACACAGCUCCACUCCUGGAAUGUCUCUUGGGUUCUGAGUCUGAUAGCUCUUAGCAGACCACCCCUCAGUGCUUUAGGAACUCUGCCUUUUCUUGGAUUCCUUCAUGGUCUGUAUAGUUGUGUGUGGAUAGAAUGCUGGAUGUGAGGUCUUCUCCUGCCCAAGUAACCAGCUUCAGCUGAGAUCCUCUACCCCGGCUGCCCAUACCCCGUGCCACUCUGUACUGCUUUAUGCACUUAGCAGGUCUACAUACAUAUAUGGAGAUUGAAGAAUCUGGAUCUCAGAUGGAUGUCUCCUCCACCUUGUAAUUUAAAGAAAGAAGGUGUGCUUUGGCUUGCCUGUGACUGAUGAUCUCGGGAUCUCCAGUGCCACAUGUGUACUGCAACUGGACUGCCCGUGGCUUUCCUGGUCAGUUCUUACUUUUACAGGAUCCUUCCAGCACUAACAUCUCCAUCAAUGUAACAUGCUACCUGCAUCCCAUCCAAACUUUAAUGGGACCCUGCUUGCUAACUGUGCCACAUAUCUUACAAGGUCCCCUGUUUACCUGAAAAUGCAGUAAUACCCCUUCUGUUAUUUGGAUCCACAGUUGUUCCUACCAGGUUCUCUCUCUUGAAAUCCUUGUGGAUUGUGUAACUUUUGGAAUCACUGAAUUAAAAAAAAAAGACUUUGGAGGACGAUAUACUCCAGGCUAAAGGACAUAGGGGGGAAGCAUCACAAGGUUACUAUGCAAUUGCGACUGCUUUCUCUGUGUUUUAUCAUUUUGAACUUCUUGGAAUACAUUGACAGCCAGCAGAUCCCCAGAGGGAGGCGACACCGGAGAAUGCAUCCUAAUGUCAGCCAGGGUUGCCAAGGAGGAUGUGCCACAUGUUCUGAUUAUAAUGGCUGUUUAACGUGCAAGCCUCAGCUGUUUUUUGCUCUGGUAAGGAAUGGAAUGAAACAAAUUGGCGUCUGUCGUCCCUCCUGUCCAAAUGGAUACUUUGGGAUUCGAUCUCCAGAAAUAAAUAAAUGUACAAAAUGUAAAGCUGACUGUGAAACAUGUUUCAACAAAAAUUUCUGCACAAAGUGUAAAAGUGGGUUUUACAAACACAAUGGAAAAUGCUUAGACACAUGUCCUGAAGGGUUUGAGAACAAUCACAAUAUGGAGUGCGUCAGUGUGGUGCAUUGUGUAGUUGGAGAGUGGAGCGCUUGGGGUCCAUGCACAAAGAGGGGGAAAACCUGUGACUUCAAGCGAGGAAAUGAAACAAGGGUUCGGGAAAUAUUACAAUAUCCUUCACCUAGGGGAACACCUUGUCCGCCAACUUCUGAGACAAGAAAAUGUGUAGUACAGAGAAAGAAAUGUCAAGACAGAAAAAGACCAAAAGGCAACAGAGAUGAAAUAAAAAAGAACAAACAAAGGCGAAAGGAAGGUGAUGCUCCCAGAAAACAAAGACAGAGAAAGCAAGAGAGAAAUCAGAGAGAAGGAAAGAGAGGAGAAGGCAAAGCCUAAGAGUCGGAAAGCACAAGAGCUAAAUCUUUGUGUGGUGUUAAUGAACAUUGAGAGCCUCAUACAUGUGACUGGCUUCGGAUGCUGCUACCUUGAUCAUAUACGCAGAUGACUGAACCUAUUUCUUUUUGGAAUGGAGAACUCAUGCACAGUUAAGGCUAAAACAAGGCUCCAAAAACUUUCCUUUCUGUGGAAAAAAGGGUGGGCAACAAGAAAAAAAUUUAUCUAAAAAAGCUUUCUCUGGAUGCUUUAGCCUUGUACACUUCUGUGCAUUUAGAAAAAAAGGACUGUUGAGAUUUUUUUAAGUAAUUAUUAAUAGUAUAUAGAAGAUAUAUCAUUAUUAUAAAUGAGACUUGGAUAAACAACUAUUCCUCAUUUUUCUAUAGCAUUGUUAAUGCUGUAUUUCAGAUUUAGGCUGGUGAAAUAAACAGCAAGUUCCUCUGACACAUUUUGUUACAGUGAUUACAUUAAGACAAAAAUACAAGAAGCACACAUUGUUGAGAACACAGGCUUGCCACAUGCCCACUUAAAUAGUGAAUAUCGCACUCCAUGCCAGAGUUCAAACAUCUUCUCUAUUUCAAUGUAAGUUACUUUCUGUCAUCAGUUUUCACUAAUAAGGUAAAAUGAAAACAAUGGUCUGAACCAUGUAAUGCACAUACAUAACAUCCAAUAAAAUGUAUUAACACUAACUUCAGCAAUCUUCUUUGUGUACAGGGGAAUACAAAUGUAACAUAGUUUUGUAUGUUCUUGCUAUACAAGUUAUGAUAAGUUCAUGAACUUAGUGUGUGAAUAUUGCUGUUAAUAUUCGUUAUUAUUCUUCCCUUCCCAAAGCUGGUUUAUGGGCAAAGCAUUAAGAGAAAGACUAUAGCUAAAAGAAUUAUAGGAGAAAUACAAAGCAUUUGCUCUAUACAGCAAAUCUAGUAACAGCUUCACAGUAACUAAGAUAUGCCCUUUAACAGGAAUAUUGUUAUAACUGCUCCUCUUAAAGGGAAGCUAUACUUGAACAUUACAGGCCUAUAUAUCACACCAAGCAGCCUAAACAUUAAACACUGUUUCUUUAAAAAAACAAAAUAAUGAAAAUGCAUAAAAAGCAAUCUACUUAUUGGUUGCUAUGGGUUACAAGACAAGAAGCAAAUUUAAGACAAUCUAUAACAUUACACCCUUUUCCAAACCUCUUGUGCUGUGCUCUAACAUUAACCAAGGACAUGCAUGCAUUCUGGGGUAAAGCUGCCAAAGAAUAGACAAAAGUGUGUCUUUUACGCCAUACUUCUUCCCGUUACAGUUAGAAAAAGCAUUUCCUGCCAGGUAAUGACUGAGGGAGUCCACAGAACAUCAUAAAAUGGUGACUCAAGGUAAAAGAUGUAAAAAGGGCAAUAUUUACUGAAAUACAAUUGCCAGUUUGGUAAGAUGAUUUAAUAGGCCACUUCUUAGGAUAUAAAUUAUGCUUAUACUUGUUCAGUAUAUUCAGUUCAGUUUAUUUUCUAACUCUUAGAUAAGCGUAAGCUUUUGUUCAUAAAAGAGCCGGCUGACAGUAAGGUUAUGUAAACAUUAGUAAACUGCUUUUAGUAAAGAGGCAGAAUCAAAGAUAAACUAUAAUAAACCAGUUGCAGGAACAUAGCAUUUAAGGUCAUGUAUGUACUGAUAAAGUAAUAACUCAAUACAUGUUAUUAAAUUAUAGUGGAAUAUCUGAAUAUAUCACCAGAAGUGGGCUUUUCAUUACCUUAUACACUGAGCAACUAAAAACAUCUUUAAACAGUUAUUGUGGCAACAGAGUUAUAAAGAUCUCAUGUUAAGAAAUAUAAAUAUAUAUAUGUACAGUAUAAUAUACUUUUGAAAGAGCAGUUGUCAACAAUAAAUAAAUGUAAAUGUUCUUCUGUGCAACCUUGCUCAGUAAAAAAUAUGGUACCAAGCAUCACAAAGAUUUUCAGACAUGAUGUACUAGGCGUAAUCAUACUUUAUCCAGCCCAUCAUGUUCUAAACCGUUGCUUUCAUUUAUACUACCAUAUCUAUCAUGCAUGUGUCUACAUGAAAAAAAAUAAAACAGAAAAAUAAAGCCUUCCACAGACACAACCUUUAAUCCUUUUGCUGCUGGAGAGGCCGUUAAUUCAUUGUUGUGCAUUUUAUUUAAGGGCUUUCCAAAAGCAAAAGUGAAUAUUUGCUAUAUGACAGGAGGACAGAUACAAAAUGCAAAGGAGGGAAAGAUCUUGGAAGCAUUGUGUUUUUUUUCCAGUCAUGUUACCUUCUGGAAAAUCUGAUUUUGUUAUGUAACCUGUUUAUUGAUUAUCAUGGAGGAAAAGGGAAUACAGCUUCAGUAACAUGUAACUAUUGAAAAAUAUGCCACUGCAAUAAAUAUACUUCUGAACAAAUUCAA